UUGGCCUUCUUCGCGCUUGUGAUGCAGAAACAGCAGUGAGAGCAGCAACAGCAUCACACACACCGAGCGCAGGUGCAUUCAUCUCCGGGUUUCUCUUCUCUCUGCGGGGAAGGAUGAGACGAUGGCCCGCAGGAGGGAUGAUGAUGAAGAAGAUGACGGACACAAGCUGAUAGAGGAGGAGGAGGAGGAGGAUGCGCAUCCCAUCAUGGACAGUGAGGAUGAAGAUGAGCUGUCCCUGGAUGAGAUUUUACAUCUAUACAAGCAGCCCAUCAACGAGGAGCAGGCGUGGGCUGUGUGUUACCAGUGCUGUCGCUCUUGUUUGGAGGACAAGGACGGUUCCAGUGGCUCUGCUGGUACCGGAGGACCGGGAGAUGUGAGGAUUUAUAAAGACGGAGCGGUGCGGUUACGGUUACAUUCCGGAGACAGAUCAGGUGUGCGUAAUCCGAUCCGAUCAUCAACACAGAUGAUCGAGUCUCUGGGCAUCAGGAUCUACAAGGCUCUGGAUUACGGGCUGAAAGAGAACGAGGAGCGAGAGCUGAGCCCGCCGCUCGAGCAGCUCAUCGACCUCAUGACCAAUGUGUGCGACACAGAGAGCGACUCCUGCCCCGAUGAAGGCUACGCCGCCACUGAGGAAGAGGAGGACGACCGGGAGGGGAACCCCGCACACCCCUGCCGUAUCCGCGGAUACCGUGACAUCAUCAAGCUGUGCACCCUUCACCUGUCCACCCCAGCGGAUGCUCCCAGUCACUACCAGGCCGUGUGUCGAGCGCUUUACGCCGAAACCAAAGAGCUUCGCACCUUCCUGGAGAAGAUCAAGAGCGCAAAAGAGAACCUGCGUAAGAUGGAGGGAGACACUGUUGACGUACCUGGCAGGGAGUUAAACGAGCUGCAGAAUUCUGAUUGGACGUGGCUCUGGGUGCAGUUGAUGCGAGAUCUGAGGAACGGUGUGAAGUUGCAGAAGGUUCAGGAACGGCAGUAUAACCCGCUGCCAAUCGAGUUCCAGCUAACGCCGUACGAGAUGCUCAUGGACGACAUCCGCUCCAAACGCUACAAGCUACGCAAGGUCAUGGUGAAUGGAGAUAUUCCACCCAAGUUAAAGAAGAGCGCUCAUGAGGUCAUACUUGAUUUUAUCAGGUCCAGACCCCCCCUCAACCCUGUGGCAGCGCGAAAGCUCAAGCCGCAGGCCGAACGUCCUCCCAGUCUGCAUGAGCGCAUUCUGGAGGGGAUCAAAUCAGAGAGGAAACUGAGGCCGGUGUCGCCAGAUCAGAUCCGGAGAAGUAGAUUCGCCAUUCGGCCUCUUAGCAUGUCUCAGAGUUUUGAUUCAUCAGACGUGUCGUCCUCUGACGGGGCGAGGAAGGCCUGCAGCACGCUGUCGUUGGCCAACGGAGUGUCUCUUCAGCAGAACAGCUCUGCCGGGUUUCAGAGGAAAAGACUUCAGGCACCGACACUCUCUGAACUCGACAGCUCCGAUUCAGACGAUGAGACCAUAGGUCAAAGGUCAGCCAGCUGCUCCAGCAUCUCUACAUCCAUGGUGGAUGACACGUCGCCAGAAUCCAUCCUGGGCAAGAAAACUCCGCCCAUGUUCCUGCCCAUCUCGUCCACACCUCAGCCGGAGCGCCGCCAGCCCGCCCAGCGCCGGCACUCCAUCGAGAAGGAAACGCCCACGAGUGUCCGCCAGUUCCUGCCGCCCUCCAGGCACAGCUCAAAAUCCUUAGAGGAGUUUUGUUUCCCGGUGGAGUGUCUGGCUCUGACGGUGGAGGAAGUGAUGCACAUUCGGCAGGUUUUGGUCAAAGCUGAACUGGAGAAGUUUCAGCAGUACAAAGACGUCUACAAUGCCCUGAAGAAGGGGAAGCUGUGCUUCUGCUGCCGAACUAAACGAUUUUCCUUCUUUACCUGGUCCUACACCUGUCAGUUUUGUAAAAGGCCUGUGUGUUCACAAUGCUGUAAAAAAAUGCGGCUGCCAUCGAAGCCCUACGCCAGUUUACCCAUUUACUCUCUGGGUCCGUCCACGUCCACGCUGAAACGGGACAAGCCCGUCCACAAGCCAGAGAAGCCCAGCACGAGCCACCAUCGACCCAGCCUUCAGCGCACAAUGUCCAAAUUAUCUAAGCAGACUCGGCAGUCGUCCUCAUCUCAGGAGGAAAUCGAGCUCCCGAAAGAUCUGAUGGAAGACUGGAACACCAUGGAGGUUUGUGUCGACUGCAAGAAGUUCAUCUCCGACAUUAUCGCCUCCGGCAAGCACAGCCUCUCUCUGGCCAACAAGCGUGCGCGCUUGAAACGCAAGACUCAGUCCUUCAGCAUGGCAUCUGAGAAGGGCGCAGAAUACCGGCCGUCGGAGAGAACUAUCAAUGAGGUUUAGCCGCGCGUCGUCCUGUUGUAGUUGUAUAGAUUAGAACUGGUCAAGCGAGAGAUCAGUCUGUCAGCCGUGUCGUACAGAGACAAUAAACUCUUAUGGAUGUGUAGCAGUUCUCCCACACGUGGGCCAUUUUCUAUUCUGUGCUGUAAUCAAUGAACUUUAUGACUCAUUA